AUGCCUGUGGUGAGCAGGCAGCCAGGGCUGAAGGAGGGAGAGAUAAGAGGGUCCUGUGUCCUGGCCUGGCCUGUUAAGGGGCUCGCAGGGCUCUCCUUGGAGACCACACCUCACUGCAGAGUGACCACAGCAUGGGGACCCCCGGGGGGACCCCCGCCCGUCCCAGCCAAUGGCCCCCGCUGGGCAGGGCUGGCCCAGGGGAUAAAAGCCGGCCCAGGCUCGGGCUCAGCUCAGCCCCGUGCCCUCCUGCAGCCCAGCAGAGCCGCCACCAUGGUGCACUGGUCAGCCGAGGAGAAGCAGCUCAUCGCCAGCGUCUGGGGCAGGGUCAGCGUGGAGGAGUGCGGCGCCGAGGCCCUGGCCAGGCUGCUGAUCGUCUACCCCUGGACCCAGAGGUUCUUCUCGGACUUCGGGAACCUGUCCAGCCCCACGGCCAUCGUCGGCAACCCCAAGGUGCGCGCCCACGGCAAGAAGGUGCUCACCUCCUUCGGGGAAGCCAUCAAGAACCUGGACAACCUCAAGGGCACCUACUCCAAGCUGUCCGAGCUGCACUGCGACAAGCUGCACGUGGACCCCGAGAACUUCAGGCUCCUGGGUGACAUCCUGGUCGUCGUCCUGGCCGCCCACUUCACCAAGGACUUCACCCCUGCCUGCCAGGCCACGUGGCAGAAGCUGGUCGGGGUGGUGGCCCACGCCCUGGCCCGCAAGUACCACUGAGGCUUUGAGAGGCACCUGUGUCUGUAACGGGCAAUAAAAACCACCUUUUCUGGGA